CAAAUUACACGAUAAACAAUGUACUAAGGAUGACUUUGAAGAUUGGACUGCAAGAAAAAUUGAUGGUAAAGAGUGUUUAAUGGGCCAUAAGACUACAUAUAAACGUCGAAAGGCUGAUGCUAAAUGUUAUGUCGGAAAUGAUGACAAUCAUUCUCAUGAAAAAAUAGAGGAUGUUUGUGACUGUACUGAUGAAGAUUUCGAAUGUGAUCAAAAUUUCAUUUAUGAUUCUAUUAUGAAAAAAUGUGUCGCAAAUGGUCCUGAGCCUGUGCCUCCGGGAACAUGUAAACAAGUGGGUGAUACUUAUAAAGGGUCUUCAGGAUAUCGAUUAAUUCCUGGAAAUAGAUGUAAACUAAAUAGUGACACUGAAUGGAAGACUGAACCUGUUGAAAAGUCUUGCACUGAUUAUCAAUUGCCUUUUGGUGAGAUAUCUCAUAGUACACAUGAAAUUGAAUUUAUAAACUUUUAUUAUUUCAAAAAUUCAAAGGUUAUAUUGGCAAUAACGCCUCAGGGAAAUGUCUAUCGAAGUGACGAUGAAGGCACUAAUUGGAAAAAUUUAGCAAAUGGAGACUUGGCAGAUGCAGGAGAAAUCAUUUUUAUAUUUAUGCAUGAUCAAAGUAGCGAUAAGGCAUAUUUGUUCUCAAAAUCAAACUUAUGGUAUACAGGAAAUCAAGCUGCUAGCUUCGAAAAGUUAAGCCUACCUCUACUUCCAAAUAAUCUUGGCCUUCCUCUCCUUGAUUUUCAUCCUACGGAAUUUGACUGGCUUUUAUAUAUGGGAGGUACUACUUGUCCAAAAUGCCAUACCGAAGUAUAUUUUAGUGAUAAUAAUGGAAGAUCAUGGGAAAAGAUUGAAACUUGGGCGGAAAAAUGUAUAUUUGCACGAGAUAAAAAUUUCGAAAAGAGAGAUAAAAAAGACAUUUUUUGUUCAUCAUACAAAAACAAGAAUGAUAAAGAACAAGAUGAAUUACGGGGCAGACCUACAAAUGAUAACCCUUUACAACUUGUAUUAAAAAAAGAUUUUGUAAAAAAUGAAGUUUUAUUCGCUAGUGUUGUAGAAUUUUUUGUUUUUGAUGUGUAUAUGGCUGUUGCCACGGAAAAUCGUGGACAAUUACAUCUGUAUACUUCAAUGAAUGAAGAAUAUGGUUCAUUGUUUAAAUCCGAAUCAGCUGGUGUAAAUUAUUCUUUAAUUCUGGAUGAUACCAAUCGUAAUACUGUGGGCAAUGUUGAUUUUGAAAAAGUCCAAGGUAUAGUUGAUGGCAUAAUAUUAGCCAACGUUGUUAAUAAUACUCAAAAAUUAAACGGAGAAAUGAAAGAAAUAAUUACCAAAAUUAGCUUUGAUGAUGGAUCUACAUGGGAACGAUUGAAAAUUGAGAAUUGCCAGGGGGAGAGGUGUUAUCUCAACUUGCAUGGUAGAACUGCUAUUCAUAGACCAGGCGGAGUCUUCAGCUCAUCUUCUGCGAUUGGUCUCUUAAUGGGUGUUGGAAAUGUAGGCUCAAGUUUAAAACCAUACUCUGAAUCUGAUACAUUUAUGAGUCGUGAUGCCGGGCGUACCUGGUUAAAAAUUCGUAAUGGCGAAAGCUUGUACGCAUUUGGUGACCAAGGUUCAAUUAUGGUAGUAGUCGAUGAUGAAACUUUAACUAAAGUAUUACUGUAUAGCUUGAAUUACGGGAAUUCAUGGAAUAGAUAUCAAUUUUCUGACACCCCUGUUCGCAUAGCUCAAUUAACAACUACAUCUAAUCAAUCCACUAUGAAAUUCAUCAUAAGAGGAAUAAUUCCUUCUGAACAACAAAAUGAUCCUAAAUGGGUUUUAAUUACUGUUGACUUUUCGUCAUUAUUGCCGAAAAAAUGUGAAAUUAAUAAUUCUGAUAAUAUUAAGAGCGAUUUUGAAGUAUUUGACCCGAUGGUCUAUUCUAAAAAUAAAUGCUUUUUGGGCGAAAAGGUGACCUAUUUACGUCGCAAAAUCGAUCGAAAAUGUAAAAUUCUUGAAGAUCUUCAGGAAUAUGAAAAUAAAGAAAAAUGUGAAUGUAAUGAAUACGAUUUUGAAUGUGAUGUUGGUUAUUGGCGUGAAGAUGGCAAAUGCAAAUUACUUGGAUAUGAUCAUCAACGCCCUGACGUGUGUAAUAAUAAAUAUCUUGCCAAAUCUGGAUAUCGCAAGAUUUCUAAGUCAAAAUGUGAAGGUGGAAUAGAUCUAACGAAAGAUAUAUAUAAAAGCUGUAAUGAUACAGAUAACAUUGAUAUUAUUACGAAAUUGCAAUCCUUUGAUUCUCAAAUUACAGAUUACUUUUAUUUCACGAAUUCAAACACAACACUUAUUCGUGUAAAUAAGCAAGUUUGGAAGAGUACUGACCAAGGAUAUUCUUGGAAAGCUAUUGAGGGGCUUGACAAUGUUCUUGCAAUGAUCCAAAAUCCCUAUUUUAAUAAUUAUGCAUAUUUUGUAAAACUUUCUGACACUUUAUAUUAUACAACUGAUUCUGCUAAAACUAUCAAUACUAUGAGUUUAAAAUUGAAUCCUAAUGUUCUUGGUAUACCAGUUCUCGAUUUUCAUCCAAAAUUUCCUGAUAGGCUCAUUUAUACAGCAAGUGAAGGAUGUGAAAGCAUAUUCUCCACUGACUGCCACUCGGUUGCUUAUUAUACUAAAAGUCAUGGCAAACGCUGGACCGAGCUGGAUAAAUAUUCUAGAAUUUGCACAUGGGGACGUGAUAGCAAAUUUACUAUCGAUGAAAAUCUUAUAUUUUGUGAAUCUUAUCGUGAUAAAACUGGAUCGCAAAAAUCAUUUUCCAAUAAUCCACUUCAGCUUUGGUCAACGAGAGAUUUUGGAGCAAAUAAAAAUAUACUAUUUUAUAAUAUUAAUGGAUUUAUUACAUUUGAGAAUUUUAUGGUAGUUGCAGAGUUAUUGCCCAAUCAGAAACUUCAACUUUGGUCUUCUAUGGAUGGAGAAAAUUUUGCAAAAACGCAGUAUCCACCUUACAUGGAAGUGCAAGAUGCAUAUACAAUUUUAGAAUCUACUACUGGAUCAAUCAUAUUACAUGCUACAACAUCCUCUCAAAAUAAUUGGGGAAAUAUAAUGAAAUCAAAUUACAAUGGAACUUAUUAUUCUCUUUCUCUAAAAGAUGUCAAUCGUGAUGGAAAAGGUUUUGUUGAUUUUGAAAAGAUGCGAGGAAUAGAAGGAAUCGCCUUAGCUAAUAUAGUUAGCAAUACUAAUGAAAUAAUCAUUGGUGGUUCGGUUAAAAAGCUUCAAUCAAGAAUUACAUUUAAUGAUGGUGGCACAUGGCAACCGUUAAAUCCACCAAAAGUCGAUUCAGAAAAUAGAACAUAUGAUUGUAAUGGUUGCAAGUUACAUCUUCAUAGCUAUACUGAACGCAAAAAUCCUGGAGACUCCUUUAGCUCCUCUUCAGCUGUAGGUUUGAUGAUUGGUGUAGGCAAUGUUGGUGAUUAUCUCACUCCUUACUUGGAUGGUAAUACUUUCUUGACCCGAGAUGCUGGUGUCACAUGGACAGAGAUUAGGAAAGGUGCAUAUAUGUACGAAUUUGGAGGUCAAGGUUCUGUUUUGGUUUUAGUAGAUGAUGAAGCACCCACCAAUCAUAUUUUGUAUUCUUUCAAUGAGGGCAAAUCAUGGCAAAAACAUUUGUUCACAAAUAAACCUAUUAGAGUUCAUGAUAUUACAACACAUCCUAAUGGUACUCAAAGUAAAUUCCUUUUACGAGGACGUUAUCAAGGAAACUUUGAUAAUGAAGUGGUGGUUUAUCUCGACUUUACUCCCAAGUUGCUCAAUAAAUGUUUGAAUCUCACUAACAACGAAAGCGAUUUUGACUUAUGGACACCUAAACAUCCAGAACAUUCAGGACAUCAACAUGAUUGCUUAUUCGGCCACGUGGCGAAAUAUUACCGAAGAAACCUUAAACGUGAUUGUUAUAUUGGAGAAGAAUUCUCACAAUCGAAAGUAAUUCUGGAAAAUUGUAAAUGUGAUGAAUACGACUUUGAAUGUGACUUCAACUAUUUUCGAGAUAAAAGUAAAAAUAAUAGUUGCACAUUGGUUCCUGGCACCUCACCUUUAAAUUUAACUAUUCAAGAAAUGUGCGCCAAUGGUGCGAAGGUUUGGUACAAUGGGUUCGGAUAUCGUAAAAUUCCUAUUUCGACAUGCUCUGGUAACGAAGAAGCUUUCUUAGGUGAAGCUAAUAUAUGCCCUAGUGUUGGUUACUCUUCCAAUAAGUGGAUUACCAUAAUCAUAGUACUUAUUGUUCUCGGAGCUAUUAUCGCAUGUUGCAUGUAUAGGAGACGCAAUCGGUACUCAUAUUUAUCUCAGGGACGCAUCCGUCUCGGGGAUCCUAUGGCAGAUUCACAAUCAUUUUUAUCAAAUAUAUUUGAGUCAUUUAUGGACAUUGUUUCACAAAUCCUUUCAAAGAUUCCUUUACCAGGUUCGGGUUCGGGUAAUAGAUAUAGAUAUAGACCCGUUCCUCAAGAUGAUCAUCAGGAAGUUUUGUUAAAUGAUUAUGAUAUUGAUAAUCAAGAGUUAUAA